AUGUCACCACAACGUACCCGCUUUCUUGACAUAUGGUUACCCGUGUACUUCUCAACGCUCGAGCGCCUCCGGAUCACUCAAGGGCAAGAUUACCAAGAAAUAGACAAUUCUGGCCAGGAGAGCUCUGACAGUCUCUCUUUUGCCUUGUCUUGUGACGAGGAAGACAGACCGCCUCUCAGACUUGGCUUUGGACAGGACGAACUUGAGAACGCUCCCCAUCGCCGGCCUCAAGGCAACGCAUUGCGGAUAUAUGCCAGUCCAGGGAAUCGCCUUAGCAGAAAUCGCUACGCUAGCUGUGACCAGUUGAGGGGACAGAGCUCGGGACAGAGUAUAAUAUCGGUUGCAACGGAGGAAUCGAUCCUUCGAAUGGGAAAACGGCAAUUGCGAUUUGAAAGUCUACCCAGAAGUUCGACGAGUCCGAAACCUAAUCCUGGCAGCAUGGUGUCGCUUUCUGCUAAUGCCACGACUGCGGCUCCGGAUCUCAAGUCUACUGCCGAUUCCAUGUAUGAGUCGUUCCGCUGGUUAGAGGAGGAGGAGGACCUGGAUUUGAAGUUGUGCCUCGAUGACCAUCAUUUCAAUUUACGAGGCGAGGAUGUGUUGGCUGAGAAGCACCGGCCGUCAUUUAGACGGCACAUGUCCAUUUCUAAGCUCCCUUUCAGCAGUCGUGCUUCGUCUACGUUGAGUCGGCCAACUACGAAGGACACCUCUGCGAGCCCGCCACUGAUGGGAUCACCUGUCUCAAGCCCGAGUUCACCUAUUCUUGGCCAUGUUCGCCGAAGAUCACGGGCUCUUUCUCUCAUCUCGCCUAACAAGCAGCCAGUUCCAGAUGCAUCUGUCUCGAUUGAUGCCGCAGCAGCACAUUACCAGGAUCCAGACGCAAGGAUGAAGCUCCGAGUGUAUCUUGCCUCGCCACACAAAUUUGACGAGGCCGUUGAAUUUGGUUUUCCAUCAAUUGAGGAAGUACAGAGCAGCGAAAAUUACCCACGACGUAAGAGGGCAAGUUUGUCACAAGGACAGUCAACUAACUCCAUGGCCAAGUCAAAUGGCUCUCCUGAGGAUGACAAAUCCUCGGUCUACAGUGAUGGGGCCUCUACUAAGGAGCCCGAGUCGCCUAGGACCCCAGAAAUGGAGAAAUCUCUAUCAGUCAAACCAGUUCGCGUUAGCCAAGAGAAGGACGACAUAUCAAACACGGCCGGUUAUGCUCAAGCACCAGCAGCAUGUCGGGAAAUGACACUCCGUAUGACCUUGACACGGCCCGAUCUUCGCGCAAAUGAGGAUCAAAUUUAUGGUUGGCAAAAGACCUCCAAUGGACGAAAAUCUCAGGCCAGAGACGAGCCGUUGUCGCCAGUGUCUACUACCCGAGAAGGACACUCGAAAGAAAGCAUUGAACGGCAGCUUGCCACUAUGGAUCAAGAAGACCUACUGGCAAAUGACAAUGGCGUAAUGAAGAGAUUCUGGAACCGUGUGCGUCGGUCAUAA